CACUCCAGGCAUCCAAACACUGCUGACAGCUUAGAGUCAUAUGCAAAUAGACUAGUGGAAAGCUCAUAGUGCCUUCUGCUGAUAUUAGUUUUAACUCGAAAGAAAAACAUUGGAGAGGCUUUCUAUAAAACAUAGUCAUGCAAAACUUCGUCUACGUCCCAUGAUGACCUGGGAGAUUUAGAGUAAUGCUGACCCAUUUUGGACCUAAAAUCUGUUUCCUUUUUGGUUCUGUUGUCUGUUGAAACUAUUUUAAACCCAAGCUUGCUUGUCCUGUCAUCUUAUUUGCAUUGCUGAGCGGAUCUGAGAGUUUUCCGGACACGGUUCAUUAAGGACCGGUCUCUGUGGUGUCAGGAUGAACUCCACGCUCCUCUCCUGCAGCUCCAACUCCUCAGUGGAGCAGCACAUGUACCCCACAGUCUACUCUUUAUUCUUUAUCGUGGGGUUUCCAGCCAACUGCCUGUCUCUGUUUGUAGCCUGGAAGCUGGCGCUGCAGGGGAACAACAUGGCGGUCUACCUGGUCAGCCUGUGUGUUUCGGACCUGCUCUACACGGUCACUCUGCCUGUUUGGAUCGGGAUGGCGCAGCGCUGGAACGUCUCUGAUCAACUGUGCGGUGUGAUGUAUCUGAUCAUGUACAACAGCUUCUACGUUGGCUCGGGUCUGCUCUGCUGCAUCUCUGUGGACCGCUACCUGGCCGUGGUCUACCCGCUGCACUUCCACUGGGUCAGAGAGGUCAGGGCCGCAGCUCUGCUGAGCGCUGCCGUCUGGCUCCUGGAGAUUUUUCUUCACAUUGUCUUGCUUCACCACAUGGGGGCGUUGCAGUCAUUCAACUUGUGCCACCAGCCGAUGCCACUGACUUGGAAGGACGCCAAUGUUGCCCUGGUUCGGGUGGUGGUCAGCUUCCUGUUUCCUCUGGUCGUCAUGACGCUGUGCUUCCAGCAGAUCAUGCAGUCGCUCAGACAGAGCCGCUCCAUCCUGGAGGAAGAGCGGCGGAAAGUCAGGCUGCUGCUGCUGCUGCUGCUGCUCACAUACGUCGCCUCCUUCGUGCCCUACCAGACCGUCAUGUUCCUGCGGGUCGUCCUAGAGCCGGGGGCCUGCGGCUGGGCCCGCAGCCUCAGAGACCCGUACCUGGUCACGGUCGCCAUGACGACCCUGAACAGCACUCUGGAUCCCAUCAUCUACUGUUUAAUUAAUGAGAGCGCCAAGAGAGAGAUUUUGAGAGCGAUAAACAGGAGAAGUUUCAUCAAUAGAGCGACACGGAUCCAAGCAGUUUCCUGAAUUCCUCUUCUGCUAACCUGCAGUUUUAUAUCAAAUGAUCAUGUACAAAAUUAUUUAAUUUAGCAAAUAUAAGCAAUGUUGCUUUUUAAUUCCACGGUAAUUGCUCGAUACGUGGACUGAAGUCAACUGAA